AUGAGGAGAGGACAAGACAAGACCAGGAGCGAAGCGAACCAGCGUUUCCGCGAAGGUAACUACGAAGAAGCGCUAGCUACGUACCACGACCUGUUCCGUACCAACGAAGCCGAUCGCUUCGCGCUCGAGCAUGCGAUCGAAUGCGCGCUGAGAUGUUCGAGGAACGAUCUUGUCUAUGAGUUGUUCGUCAGAGCCUGCGCUCUCUACCCAACGGAGGAAACUCUGAUCGCAAAGGCUGUACAGGCCCUCGCCUCCUCAAACAAGGCUUCCAAGGCCCUGGCCACCCUGGCCAUGCACGGUGAUCUGUCGGUCAUGACGAAGAUCAGGCUCAACAACCUGCUGGCAAGCUCCUCUCCCACUUGCCUCUUCCUCCUCCAUGGCGUCCUUGUCGACGGCAGGGGGGGGCAGCAGUGUUUCUUCAGGACCGAAACCCCGAUACCUACCGGGACUUGCGUGCUGAGGGAGAAACCUUUCCUGCCGUGGACUAAGAACGAGCUGCAAGACGACGACUGUCUGAGCAGGUUCAUCGGAGCAGAAGAGGAGGACCUUGACAGCACAGAGGGCCUCUACCCGCGCUCCUACGACGAGCGCCUGGAGGACGUGGAGGUGCUCCAAGGGCUCGGCGACAGGAUCCGCCAGCUGGAUCCAAGCUUGUCGAGGGAGCGGGUUGAGAAGCUGAGGCUAGUCCUGUCGCGCUGCAAGAUGUGCGCGUUCGAAACCGGGCUGCACCACCUGUCAGCGUUCUUCGACCACUCCUGCUCGCCCAACUGCGAGGUGCGGGGGGAGGAGAACAUCGAGGUCUACUCGAUCAGAGACGUGGCAGCUGGGGAGGAGCUGACCAUCGCCUACUCUCUGAGUCUCGACUACCCUGUGGAAAUGAGGAGGAUCUUCCUCCAGACGAACUUCGGGUUCCGGUGUGAGUGCCCCCGCUGUCGAGCUGAGCAGGAGCUGGGCGAGCCCUGCUCGGAGGAGGACUUCAUGCGCUAUCAGACCAACAUGGUGGCAGCUCUGAACGGGAUACAGGACGACCCUCUGUAUACUACUCUCCUGCGCUCGGACAUAGAGGGCUGGAUGCAGAUCUCGUGGAAAGUUGUUGACGUGCUCGGGAAGCUAUCUCUGGCAUACUCGGAGUACCUAAGGACCGCCUACGAGACUGUAGCAACGGCCCCCCGGGAUCGCCUGCGGAGUACCUGUGAAACUCUCGUCUCCGGCAAGGUCGUGGAGAACACCGUCCUGCUGUACAGGCUGAGGAGCGAGUACCUGCCCGAGAGCUCCUACUCGCUCGACCCUCUGCGAGAAAUCCUCUUCCUCGCCCUCUCGAUCGCGUUCAAGGCUGAUGCCUCCCUUGCUGUGCAAGGCCUCGAUGACCCUGAUGGGCUGCAGCUACUGUGGGAGGCCUGCGAGCUCGGGAAGCCGAUCGGGAGCCUGUUACGAACGAGGACAAUCAGAAUGACUUCGACCGCCAUGCAAGGAGCGGCGAUGGUGGUGGUGGCGGAGGCGAAAGGCGUGAAGGACUUACAGAGCAGCGAGCCGCCGAACGUCUAUUGCAAGAUAUCGAAACACAACGAGGUCGUCGGCAAUGCGUUUUUCACCGAGAUAUGCCGUGGAACUUCAGACCCUGUCUGGAAUCAGCAGUUUGCCAUCACCAUAGACGACCCCGACACCUCAUUGUUGGAGAUUACUGUUUGCAACUCCUUGAACAAGCGGGAAAGUCGAAUCCUGGGAGAGGAGCAUCAGGGAACAGUGAUACAUCAUGACUUUGAAAUCAUCCUCACAAAAGAAGAUCAAGACGAUCAGGGUGGAAGGAGUCAGAACGGAACUCUGCGACUCAUGUUGCAUUAUGUCACUGCUGCUGAUGUCCAUCACCUGUAUGAUGAAGACGCAAACCUGGGGGGACCGUUCAAGGGCAUGAACUCGAAACUACUUGUGGACAACGAGGAGGAGAUGAUGCGUGGAAGGAAUUUUCCGAAUGAAGGAGCGGAGAUGACGGGUGAAGGGAAAGAGCGUAUGGAUACGUACGGCAAUGCUGCGCAUCGACCCAGCCAAGGAGGUUCAAUGACUGCGAGCAACUCCUUUGGGUUUCAGAGGGUCCCCUCGACUCUGAGUGUGGCCUCCAGCACCUUUGACGAUACAGAGUUUGCUCGAACUUCGUCGAACUUCAGUUUGGCCAUGAGCAGCUCGCAGACUUGGGAAUCUGAGCUUGAGAUGACGAAUUUCUCUCAGAGCAGUAAGGCAGACAAGACCUGGUUGCGGGGGACGCGAGGUAGCUUGCAGACAAAUGCACCCCAGAGAAAUUCGUCGUCCAGAAGACGAAAUGAGAAUGAAUCAAGGCCCACCAGCGAGUCUCAAGAUACUUUGUUGAUGUCUGUAGCGAUCUUAGAGGCAAAUCAUAUUCCUUCGUUGCAUGGUUUUGGCAAACAUCUGCGUCUUUACACGCUCUCGCUUAUCUACAACAGCGGAAGAGUCGACGGUUGGUUCGACCUCCACGUGUCGGAAGAGACUACCGAGCCUCGGAUGAUCUCUCUGGGGCCCUUGAGCCGGAACCUCACGAAGCAGCAAAUCCACCUGAUCCUGACAUUUGACAAGCCCAAGGAGAACGGAUGGAACCAGAAGGUCAGGAAAGAAGUCAGGUUCAGUCAUCAGCUGGAAGAGAGUCUGCGUCACGGGGUCGACUGCAUGUCACAAGAAGUCGGAGUCUCCUUCUACCAGCAGCGCAUCCUCCCUGACGGGUCCUACGAGUUCCCCAUGGUUCGAGAAGUAUUGCCGGACAGUCCAAUCAAGGGCCUCCCGCACGUGUCUAUCAGUGCUGGAGACUUCCUGGUGGACGUGGACGGGAUCAACACUCACGGGCUCUCGUUGGAGCAGGUCCUCGGGUACCUGGCAGGCCCGGAAGGAGAACCGGUCACCAUGAUCUUUCGCUCGCCCACCGGUGGCUGA